AUGGGCAAAUUCCACAUGUAUGAGUUUGGUUGGAGUGCCUGGCUUGAUUGUGCUCCAUACGGAGUACUUCACUCAUCAGUCUCUGCGACGCUCUCGACUACCUCCCCGGCCGGCCACAGUAAAGCGGUUAAAUCCUUACGCCCAAAGGCUUUGGGAACCGCUAUCCUCAUGGGUUUAGCAGGGCCGAAAAAACGGACCAAAAUUUCCCACGACCCGAACAAUAUAGCAUGGUCUAGGUCAACCACAGGAUAUGGCCACCGAAUUAUGAGUGCGCAGGGAUGGACCCCUGGUGCAUUUUUGGGAGCACCGGGUGCUGCCCACUCUUCCUGCUAUACGGCCGCGAGUGCUUCGCAUAUCCGAGUUGUGCUCAAAGAUGAUACGCUUGGGCUAGGAGCUCGCCCCCGAAAUCCACUUGCAGAAGAUGAACCUACAGGGCUGGAUGCCUUUCAGGAUCUAUUAGGUCGCCUAAACGGAAAGAGUGAGGUGGAGCUGGUCAAGGAACAACGCCGAAGGGAGGAUAUCAAACUUCUCAGUUUCGUGGAGAGAAGGUGGAAGAGCAUGGCUUUUGUGCCGGGCGGAUACCUGGUCAAGGAAGAUCCGGCAAGGACUUUAGUUGUGGCAGAACAAGCCAACAAGGAUGACUCCAGUGACCCGAAGUCGAGGCAAGAAACGACGCAGAAACGUCCCAAAAAGGAAAAAAGAAAGGAGAAAUCUCGACAUAGGGAAGAACCCAUAGACUCGAGAUCAAUCUCCUCUAAACCUGAACGGGGCACUAUUAACUCCGCCAAUCAAACCUCCGAUGAUGAAAGUACGAACAUCGUGCCAAGUGAAAGCAAAUCGCGCAAGAAAGAAAAGAAGAAGAAGUCAAAAAAAAGGAAAAUGGAUGAGGUCAAUGAGGAAGAAUCGGUCCCCGAUGGCCGAAUCGGCUGCAAGGGAAUCUUACCCAACAAGCAAUCUGCUCAGCAAUCCACUGGAGAACGAUAUAUCAGCGGGGACAGUAUGAUCAAUGCUAGGGAACAUCGACCACUGGGCCGUCAAGUCAUACGAAGUCGUUAUAUUCAACAGAAGAAGAUGGCGUUGUUGGACGCUAAGUCAUUAAACGAGAUUUUUAUGACAUCUUGAAUUUUCUGAGGCGGCGCCUGCCUGUUUGAGCCGCAAAUUCCUGGGACUUGAUGUCGUAUCAAGCCUUCCUUGUCUUCGCUUUUUAAUUCUAUAUAAUUGCUAUAUCUUGAUAAAAAAAAGGCAUGCAAAGGGAAGCUGAAACUUUUUUGUUUCUGUUGCUCUACUGUGAAAAGUUCCCUUGCAAGUUUCUGACAUGUAUGUUUGUGGGCUUACUAUACCGUUUUCUGUCUUCCCGGAUUGAUACCAUAAAAUAUUCUCACCAGCUAUGUAAAGAACGUAUUACAUAUCAUGUCAUAUGCCAAAUCUGCAUCAACCAGAUUCACCUUUUUAAUUUCCCCCCUCCACACAUUGCUACUGCCAUAUGUUUAACCCAUAUUAUCUUGCCAGUUGUCUCUAUAAUUGUUAAACCCAAGCACAAAAUAAUGAAACUGUAUUGCUCGCACAACCUUCUUUUUGUUCUUCCAGUCCUCCAAGUGGUCCGGCACGAGUUUCUUUCCCCAAAUACUUCAAUGAAAUAUGGCCCAGCAUG